AAAAAAAAAUUUCAGAGAGAGCUUAGAGCAAUGGGUUUAAUCUCAAACAAGGUGCCGAGGCGCUUCCUCAAGCCUGGUGAUCACAUCUACAGCUGGAGGUUUGGUUUGGUCUACUCCCAUCACGGGGUGUUCAGGGGCGAGGGGCAGGUGAUACACUUCACGAGCGCGUCAUCGUCUUCGGCGGGCCCACGGCGGAGGGGGAGCUGCUCGGCCUGCGAGCUUUUGGAACACAGCGACCGUCACAGCGGGGUGACGGUAUCAUGCCUCGACUGCUUCCUCAGGUCCGGGUGGCUCUGCAGGUACGAGUACGGGGUGAGCAAUGCGGCCCACGCGCUGCGGCGGCGCGGGACCUGCAACACGGCGGAGUCGGGCCCCGUCGAGGUGGUGCUGGAGAGGGCCGAGGCGCUGCUGGCGCAGAAUAGCUUCGGCGAGUAUCACUUGCUGGAGAACAACUGCGAGGAUUUCGCCACCUUCUGCAAGACCGGGCAGCGGUGCAACCGCAACGGGACCUCGCGGCGGUACGGCCAAGCCUCGGUUUUCACUCUGCCUUCGCGCCGUCGCCGUAGCACCAAAAUCGCUGCGCGCGACGAAGGGAAAUAGGAACGUGCAUGUAAAUUUGAUCAGCUUCAUUAAUUUCAACUGUGAUGUUCUUGUUUUCGUUGUAUAUAGACGGGUACUCUUUUUCCUCAUUUCGAGGUUUUUUAAUGAGGCCCGGCCUUGGUCUUCUCUUUGGGUUUUUUAGGUUUCUUUUUCCUCUGUAAUAAACUUUUAAUUCAAAAUUUUCAA